UUCAUAGGCAUAUCCGCAUAUCUAGUUUAUUCUAAACUAAUUAAUGAAUGACCAUUUGAAUGCGGCGACUGAACUUGAAAAAAUGACCGAAGAGUCCGCUGUUAAAGUUUGUGUUCGCGUCCGUCCGCUUAUUGCGAGGGAAGAAAGUACAGCAUCAGAGAAUGCAGAGGCUGUCCAGCUGUUUUGGAGAACUGAUAAAAAAUCAAUUCAUCAGAUCGAUGAUGGGAAUUCCACCAAGACCUUCAGUUUUGAUCGGGUAUUCACAGCUGAAGAAACAACCAAUCAGCUGUACCAGGACAUUGCAAAGCCCCUGGUUGUUUCCACUGUUGAGGGAUACAAUGGAACCAUAUUUGCUUAUGGGCAGACUUCUUCUGGAAAGACCUUUACCAUGAUGGGGAGUAACCAUAUACCUGGUGUGACACCUCUGGCUGUGGAAGAUGUUUUCCAAACCAUUAAAAAUUGUCCAAAAAAGGAGUUCCUUCUCAGGGUGUCUUACAUGGAAAUCUACAACGAGACUGUGACUGAUCUGCUUGUUGACAGCUGGAAGCGAAAACCACUGGAAGUCAGAGAGACAAUCAAUAAAAACAUCUAUGUGGCUGACCUGACUGAGGAGCUGGUUACAUCCCCUGCACAAGCCCUAGCCUGGAUUCGGAAAGGAGAAAAGAACCGCCACUACGGUAAAACAAAAAUGAACCAGCGGAGCAGUCGCUCACACACUAUUUUCCGAAUGAUCCUUGAAAGCCGAGAAAGGAGUGACCUAGCAUCAGGUGAAAAUGCGGAUGGUGCUAUUAUUGUGUCUCAUUUGAAUUUAGUUGAUCUUGCUGGAUCUGAGAGAGCAAGUCAAACGGGAGCUGAAGGCACACGUUUCAAAGAAGGUUGCAACAUCAAUCGCAGUCUGUUUACCCUUGGCCAAGUGAUUAAGAAAGUGACAGAAGAAAGCCAUAAGGGUUUCACGAACUACAGAGACAGUAAGCUAACCCGCAUCCUGCAGAACUCCUUGGGUGGGAACGCCAAAACGGUCAUCAUCUGUACCAUCACUCCUGUCACUCUAGAUGAGACCCUCAGCACUUUACAGUUUGCCAGCACUGCAAAGAAAAUGAAGAACGAUCCCCAUGUGACAGAGGUGUCUGAUGACGGAGCUCUGCUCAAAAGGUACCGAAAUGAAAUUGUUGACCUGAAGCGACGACUUCACGAGGUAUCUUCAGAGACACAGACUACAGUGACUGAGAAGGAGCUUCUAUCCCAGCUCCUCCAAGAAAAAGAUCAUCUCCAGAGAGAACAAGAAGACAGAAUCAGAAACCUGACCAAACUCCUUGUCACCAGCUCCAACCUGGUUCCUGUUAAAAGGAUGCCUAAGCGCAGAGUUACAUGGGGAGGAAAGAUGCUCAGACUUGCACCUUUAUCUGCUGGUGGUGGUUCAUCUAACCUGAGCUUUGCAGAAGCUUUCACUCUUAAAAGGAAAGCUGAUCGAUCCUGUCUGAUGGAGCUGACUGAAGAUGACGAGGAAUUUGAUGCUCACUGGGAGAUUCCUGAUGAGCCAUCAGAUGACAUGGAAAUGAGUCAUAGCUCAGUGACUGUGCAAAGCUUUGGUGACAGUCCCAAAGACUAUACCUCUCCAGACUGGAUGCGUAACCUUUCAGGGAAAGUGUCCAACCUGGAGCUGCAGCUGGAAAUGGAGAGUCAACAGAAAGAGGAGGCCAUGACGAAAGUAGGAACAUUAGAAGGAAGAGUUGAAGAGCUGGAGCUGCAACUGCAAACAGAGGCCCAGGAGAAACAGGAAGCCUUGGAGAAAGUACAGACAACCGAAAAGAAGGCAGCAGAGCUGGAGCUGCAACUGCAAACAGAGGCCGUGCAGAAACAGGAAGCUUUGGAGAAAGUACAGACAACUGAAAAGAGGGCAGCAGAGCUGGAGCAGCAGCAACAAAGCAAAGCGCUGGAGGCCAUGGAGAAGGUGCUGAUGUUGGAAUUGAGAUUGGCAGACCUGGAGAGACAGCUUGAAGAACAGAACCACGGUCAGACUGAAAAUGAACAGGUGGCUGUGUUUGAAAAUACCUGCCCUCUCCCCCAAAUAAAAAAAGAGUUUGCAGAAACCAUCCAGCUGUGUGAAACUCUUGCUUCAGAGAAGAGCGGAGAGGAUCUUGUGCAGGAGUUGGCAAAGCUUCGUCGAUCUCUGAUUGAUGCAGAGGGAGUCAGCAGAGAUACAAAGAAGGAAUGGGCUGUCCUGCGCACAAACAUUGCUCUGGAGGAGAUAAAAGUGACCAUGGCUUCGAACCUUGAAAAGAUGGAAGCUGAAGUUAACAGCUUGCGUUCUCACCUUGAAAUUGAGAAGUCGCGCUACAGAAAGAUGGAGAGUGAUCUCCAAAAAGAGCUUACUGUUACAUUUGAUGAGAACAACAAGCUCACUGAUCUGCUUGAUGGCAAAGUACCAAAAGAUCUGAUAGACCGCAAGGGAUUUGAGCAAAAAGUUGCCACUCUCAGCGAAGAGCUUACAGCAUCUCGUAAAGCAGAGGGAUAUCUCAGAGCUCAGCUGGAAGAGCUUGCUUCAUGUCAAACUCAAAAGCAGUUGGAGGAAAGUGACCAAAAAAGAGCAUUACUGGUAGAAAGAUUGAAUGAGAUGCAGCAGUUGAUAGAGCAUUUGGAGAGGAAGCUUGCUGACAGUGAGGUUUCCAGAACCUCAAUGGAGGAAAUCUGCAAAGAACUUCAAGAACAACAGAAGCAGCAGACUAAAGGGCUUCAAUAUGUGCGAGCUGAGAAAGAAGCUCUCCUGUCUGAGAAGAAAGCUGAAGCUCAGAGCUCUGCAGAAGAGAUGGACCAGCUGCUCUCUACACUUACGUCCGUGACUGCGGAGAGAGACCAACUCAAGGUGGACCUGCAGGAAAAUGUGGAGAUGAUGAUUGAAAAUCAGGAGGAGCUGAGAACUGCUCUGGAGAAGAACCAAGAAACAACCAAAGAGGAUAGAGCUCUCUCUGAGAUGAGCGCACAGCUGGAAGCGCGACAAAAACUUGUGGAGGAGAGUGACCACCAAAGAGCAUUACUGGUAGAAAAACUGAAUGAGAUAGAGAAUCUGAUGAAGCAUUAUGAGAAGAAGCUUGCUGACAGUGAGGUUUCCAGAACCUCAAAGGAGGAAAUCGGCACAGAACUUCAAGAACAAAAAGCUGAAGCGCAGAACUCUGCAGAAAAAAUGGACCAGCUGCUCUCUACACUUAAAUCCGUGACUGCAGAGAGAGACCAGCUCAAGGUGGACCUGCAGGAAAAUGUGGAGAUGAUGAUUGAAAAUCAGGAGGAGCUGAGAACUGCUCUGGAAAAGAACCGAGAACAGAAGGAGCUGCUAAGUCAUUUAGAGACUUUACGAUCAUCCAAAGAGGAUGGAGCUCUCUCUGAGAUGAGUGCACCGCAGGAGGCGCGUCAAAAACAUAUAAAGACUCUUACGGAGCAAGCAGGGAAUGCUGAAAAAGAAAGGAAAGCCAUAUGCAAGGUGAUGUCUGUCUCCGAGGAGAGGGAUCAGCUGCAGGAGACACUGCAGGAAGUGAGACAGGAGAAACAGGAGCUCAGGGCAGAGCUGGGGGACAAGAUGGAUGCACUUCAAAGUGAGAUGAAGACCUUAACAGAGAAACUGGCAAGCAUUGAAACAGAGAGAGACAGUCUGCUCUGUGAGAAGGAAGCCAGCUUUCAGAGAUCCUUUUCUGAGGAGAAGGAAAGGAUGCUGUCUAAGGUGAUGAAUCUCUGUGAGGAGAGGGAUCAGCUUCAGGAAACACUGCAGGAACUGAGACAGGAGAACCAGCAGCUCAGAGCAGAACUGGAGGACAAGAUAGAUACCCUGCAGUGUGAGGUGAAGACUUUAAAAGAGAAACUGGAAAGCACUGAAAGAGAGCAAGACAGUCUACUCUGUGAGAAGGACGCCAGCUUUCAGAGCUCCUCUGAAGAGGAGAAACUGAUUUGCAGGGUGACAUCUCUCUGUCAGGAGAGGGACCAGCUGCAGGAGACACUGCAGGAGCUGAGGCAGGAGAAGCAGCAGCUCAAAGCAGAGUUGGAUGACAAGAUUGAGACACUGCAGUGUGAGGUACAGAAUUUAAAUGAAAAAAUUAAAAGCACUGAAAAGGAGAGAGACGGUCUCCUCUGUGAGAAGGAAGCCAGCUUUAAGAUCUCCUCUGAGGAGAAGGAGAAGCUGCUCUGCAGGGUCACAUCUCUCUGUGAGGAGAGGGAUCAACUACAGGAAACACUGCAGGAACUGAGACAGCAGAACCAGCAGCUCAGGGCAGAGCUGGAGGACAAGAUGAAGACACUGCAGUGUGAGGUGAAGACUUUAACAGAGAAACUGGAAAGCACUGAAAGAGAGCAAGACAGUCUGCUCUGUGAGAAGGAAGCAAGCUUUCAGAGCUCCUCUGAAGAGAAGGAGAAACUGAUUUGCAGGGUGACCUAUCUCUGUGAGGAGAGGGACCAGCUGCAGGAGACAUUGCAGGAGCUGAGGCAGGAGAACCAGCAGCUCAAAGCAGAGUUUGAGGACAAGAUGGAGACACUGCAGUGUGAGGUCCAGACUUUAAAAGAAAAAAUGAAAAGCACUGAAAAGGAGAGAGACUGUCUCCUCUGUGAGAAGGGAGCCAGCUUUAAGAUCUCCUCUGAGGAGAAGGAGAAGCUGCUCUGCAGGGUCACAUCUCUCUGUGAGGAGAGGGAUCAGCUACAGGAAACACUGCAGGAACUGAGACAGGAGAACCAGCAGCUCAGAGCAGAGCUGGAGGACAAGAUGAAGACACUGCAGUGUGAGGUGAAGACUUUAACAGAGAAACUGGAAAGCACUGAAAGAGAGCAAGACAGUCUGCUCUGUGAGAAGAAAGCUAGCUUUCAGAGCUCCUCUGAAGAGAAGGAGAAACUGAUUUGCAGGGUGACCUAUCUCUGUGAGGAGAGGGACCAGCUGCAGGAGGCACUGCAAGACCUGAGGCAGGACAACCAGCAGCACCAGCAGCUCAUAACAGAGCUGGAGGACAAGAUGAAGAAACUGCAGUGUGAGGUGAAGACUUUAAAAGAGAAAAUGGUAAGCACUCAAACAGAGACGGACAAUCGGCUCUGUGAGCAGGAAGCCAGUUUUCAGAGCUCCUCUAGGGAGAAGGUGCUCUGCAGGGUCACUUCUCUCUGUGAGGAGAGGGAUCAGCUAAAGGAGAAACUACAGGAACUGAGACAGGAGAACCAGCUGCUGAGAGCAGCCCUGGAAGACCAGAUGGCGACAAUGCAGUGUGAGUUGCUCAGUGAAGAUCGAGGCUCCACUGGAGUCGAGGUGACAGCGUCAUCAAGGUUGAACGACUCCACCAGGCAGCUUCAGGAGACCUUCAGAGGAUUCCAGCACUUUAUAGACACGUGUUCCAAAUACAUCUCCACACCCAUGGACAAGGUUUUGAGGGUGCAGAGUGCCUUGAACCAUGAUUAUCUGACCUCUCUUCCAAAAGCCACCAUGAGCGCCUACACGACUAUAUGUCAGCUAGGACUUGAGACUGUUCAGACUCUGGGAAACAUUGUAGUGUGCCUACAGGUGAAGGCCCAGGAUUGUCGGGAUCGGUUUGAGGAGUUGGUGAAGAAAGACUUGUCUAUUUUUGAGGAAAGGCGGCUGCAUGAUGUGCUGAGGUGCAGAGUACAGGCACCCACUCUCUCUGUCAAAGACGAGGACUUCCAUGCUGUGUGGGAACACAGACUGGCUGAUCUACUGGACAAGCGGCAGCGCUACCAGCAGAAAAUGUCCAUCAUUUUGGAGAAGUUCUUGGACUAUGUGGCCUCUCAUCCGAAUGAGUUGUCGGUGGAGAUCACAGAGAGGGAGAGGUUCAAGGAGCAGCUACAGGGCGCAAUAAGCGCCCAGCCAAUCAGCUUCAGUGAGCUUGACAGCAUCCUUAGCUGUGAGCUGGACCGCAGAGCUGCCCUGGCCCACAGCAAGAAGAUGAUCCUGCAGGGCAUCACUGCUGAACAUAGUGUUCUGAGUGAAGAGCUGAAGCUGCUGGAGGCUCAGGCUUGUUUUCAGCUCAAAGAGGAGAAAGGCAAAAGUUCCACUCUGCUGCAGGCGAUUGAGGGAGCUCCUCUGAAAUCAGAGCUCUCCUUCCUGAAUGACAACCAGAACCUUCUUGCUCAGCUCAUGCAAACUGAAGAAAAAGUUAAAGCUCUGCAUGUACAAAAUGAGCAGCUGGAGGAGGCACAGAUAAAGGCCACAAACGGUCUGUCCAGCCAUAAGCAGGCCACUCAGCUUCUGCAGACAGAGCUGCAGGACAGCUGUGCGCAAAACGAUGAGAAAGAGAAGACAAUCCAAAUGCUCAGGGGCAAACUGCAAGAGUCUGAGAAAAUAGCGUCACCCAGUGCUGCUGAACUGGAAAAUCUCCAGACUAAACUGUUCAAAAUGGAGGUGGAGUUGAGUUCUGCAUCUGAUAAACACAAACAAGAGAUCCAGAGAAUGAGUACAGUGCUGAGCGUGAAGGAAGAAUCAUUAAGGAAUCUGAAGGAUACGUUGAGGAGGUUACAACAGCAAGGAGAGGAGUCAUUCUUGCAGGGUGAGGACCUUCACACUAAACUGACCAACCCCAGAGGUGUGGUGAUCAAGAGCAGCAUUCUGCUGGACAAGACCAAACUUGAGAAUGAAGUCAAACAGCUUUGCCUUAAAAUAACGGAGCUGGAAUGCUUGGUGUCCACUCAGCAGACAGAGAUUAGCAAGUGGAAGAGCCGAGCCAUCAAUCUGAAGGCAAAGAGGAAAGUUGAAGUGGACAAGCCUUCAUCGCCCUGCAAGACAACCAAGAGGGGUCUACAAGAGACCUCAGACUCCUCCAGCUUCCUCAGCUCACCUAAGAAGUUACUGGUUACUUCUAGGAAGAUCCUAGACUCUCCUAGGAAGGUGAUGGACUUUCCAAAGGUCUAUCAGCUCGACUCCCCCAAAAGCAGUUUCUUUGAUGUGGGUGGGAGCUCGGACCUGCUGCCCAGAACCUUUCCCAAGCAAUUCUUUGAUAACUCCAGCCUUGGCACCAUUCCAGAGAUUUCCCAUGUUCCUGAUACUCCAGAUGCAGAGAGGGAUGCAGCUACAGGACUCGAUGCAGCCAGAAAGGACGAGUGGUGGCCUCAGUCUCCAAAACAAGAAGACAUGUGUAAAACACAGUAAAAUCAAAUAUUUUAAAAGCCUGUGUUUGUCAUAAUUUCUGUUUUCUGUAUUGCUUUUGUUUUCUUUGUCUUUUCUCAAUUUAGAUAAUAAAGGUUAGUAAUACUUAAUAAUGAACAUCUGUUGUC